AUGACUGUGGAGUAUCAGCCUGCAUGGGCCAAGGGCGACCUCUGCUACAGGCCUGGAUUCUUUGCAGUCUGCAGCCACAAGAUCUUCCAAGAUUUCCGGAGACAGUUUGGGCCCAAAGCCAAAGAAGAGGUAAAGAUCAUCGAGCAUCAAACGCAGUCCUUUCGGCUGAUGCCUCACCUGGCCACGGUGCUGGCCCUGACCUUUGCCAGCAGGCACGCUGGGGUUCUCCUGGAUGAGGACAUCUUCCAGGGGAAGGAGCUGGUCACCUGUCGCUCGCUGCAGGCCCUGGUGGCCGGGCUAAAGGCCUACAGUGCCAGGGAGAACAUCAGCUGCCUGCAGGACUGCCGCAAGUGCACUGGAGGCAUGGGUUACAUGAUGGAAAACCGAAUCUCAGGCUUAAAGUGUGACACAGACGUGUUUGUAACUUUUGAAAGUGACACUUUUGUUAUGCUUCAGGUUGUGAUGCGGGAACUGCUGGCUCAAUACACCAAACAGUAUGAAGAAAAACCACUCUGUGGUCUACUCCAAAACUGGGCUGAGUCUGUGGGUGACCCGCUGAGAACCAGGUAUGUGAUGGCCAAGAAGGAGGACUUUUUCAGUGCCUGGAACUCGUGUCUGCACCACGUUGCCUCCCUGUCUCUGGCCCACACUCACAGAGUCACGUUAGAGCAGUUCUCCCUGGCCGUGAAGACAUGUCCUGACCAUGAGGACCAGGCUUUGUUAAUGAAGUUUUGCCUGUUGUAUGGAACCAAGCUGGUGUUCCAGGAGCGGGCUUGGUAUUUAGAACAUAAAUACUUGACUCCCGUGGCCAGCAGGAGGAUCAGGAGUCAGGGAAGAGUUCCUGUGUGUAUAAAAGAAGAAAUCCUUUGUGUAUUAGCCUUUGGCUCUUCGCCUUCUUAG